UGCGAUCUGCUGUAGCAGAGGAUAAAAAAUCCGACCCUGGACAAGAGAGCUUGGAAAGCACCGUUUUUAUGGAACUUGAAGCUUGUCCUUUGAGGAGGAAAACGGAGCGCUGGGACUUGAAACCGGUUACCAGCGAAUGUGGAAGAAUCUUGGUUCCCUUUGGCUCUGCAGAUAUUGCUGAUCAGAUUAAGUCUUUAAAGGAUAAGAUUAAAUAUACAAAAGAUGAACAGUGCCCUGAAAAUAUGUUGGUUGAUGCCCCUGUGAAUGCUCAUGACACAGUCAGAAUGGAGCAAGAUUCUAGCACUGCUUCAGAAACAGCAGUGGAUGAAACAGAGGCCACAACAUCCAAAGAUGAAGGGAACCAUCUUCAAAAUGUUGGUUUCAAUGACAUUAAUCUUGAACAAAGCACUUUGAGACAGUCGGAUAAUGGCAAUGGUUCAUUGAUUUUGAAUCCAGAGAGAAGGGAGCAUUCUUCAAAAAAGGAUAGCACAGACACGCCUCCAUUCUCGGAAGCAGUUAAAGAAAAACAUGCUGAUACCCUCUCCUCAGAAAAGGGUAGAACAAAGGGUGAAUUUCUGUUGAAUAAACUAAAAUCGGUUCUUCUAAGGGGAAAGAGAAAAACGGGUCACCUUGUGUUAGAGGAAACAACUGCUGAUACUACCCAAGAUUCUGGGCCUUGUCCCAAGAUGAGCAGAGUUGACUCAGACACUGGGGUGCUGAAGACUAAUGAUUCAAUUCCGAGUGUCCCGAACACCAAUUUGGGUGUCAAGGAAGAGGCAAGGAUGUCAGUUGAUCCUCUUUUGCAUAUGCCCUAGGCCUGACCCCUAAAGAGACACCAGAGAAGAUAAAGAAAACUGAAGGUCAGGACACUCAACAAAGGAAAGACGUAUCAGAGACACAAGAACAAACCAUUCCUGACAAACAACCUGAAGUCAUUCAAAGACCUCUAUCAAUGUUUCCAAGAAGGGGUAGGAUUAAAACACUCAAAAAGCAUCAAGGCAUCUCUGCAGAACAUGUUAAAAAGAAAUGGUGGUUGCAUUUUCAAACCCCAGCUUCUUUUGCAAGUGAAAAACUCAAAAACAAAGAGUGUACUAGGGAUAAUUCUGUCAGGAACCCUGUUAAGGAAAAAAUGAACAGUGCUUGCUCAUCUACAGAUGCUUUGAACUUACUUGCUGACUUGGCACUCGGUGCCAGUAAUGACCAGGUUCCACCACAACCAGACCCAGCACUUGAGAGAAAGCCUGAGACAAGUUUGAAGAAGUGUGACCUUACAAAAGAUGUUACCAGUGCUGAACAAGAGUCAGUUCUUCAUGCUCUGCUUAAACAGCCUGCUGCUAGACCCAUUCAGUCUCUUGAUUCUCCUUCACCAAGCCAUCUUGUGGGAGGCAGUGAAUUGGUUGAUUUGGUAUCUAAAGAACAUGCUUACUCAUUGCCCCCAUCUUCUUUUCUACUAUUGGGUUUGUCAGGUACACCCUUGCAGAUAUCCCCUUUAAGUGGUUCUACCAGACUGCUGCAUCAUCACCAGACAAUGUAUGGCGAUGGAAUAAAAACACUACAACCCUCUGUCGGUCAGGAAGACCGCAGUGAACACCACAUGAUUCCAGAAUACCUGAGUAAACGCAUGGUACGCAGAAGAAAGUUCAGGCACUCCCGUACCUUUGAUAUCAAGAAUGGAUCUGUCCAAGUCACAAAGCAAUGGGAGGAGAACUAUGACUUUAAUCUAGACAGCAAGUUUACUAGUGACUCAAAGGAUAGAGCUAUCAUCCGAGCCUUGCAUGGCCCAUGGGAUUAUUCCAUUCAAGACACCAGUGAAGAGGUACAGCUCAUCGUCCACAUGUGGAUAGGUCUGUUCUACAGCCGUUCAACAGAAAGGUUCUUUCAAAUUGACUCGAACUCUAUAAACUCAUGUACAGAAGAGAGUGCUUUUUUGGAAAUGUCCAGUGGAAUAGUGUUCAAGGACAAUUCAUGUUCUCCUUUCCUGAGUGUAAGAGACUCUUCAGACCCUUCAAUUUCAAACGCUUUGGACCUUAGCAAAAAAGUUAAGUCUGGCUUGGACGAAGAAUGUGUUAUUUUGGACUUGUCACAGAGAGACUCCAAUGCAAAGAUUGUCACUUCAGAGCCACAAGUUGACAGAAAACAGACUUCUGUGGUGGGUGAACUGAAAGAAGCUGGUGAACCAUUGAACACAUUCAAGUCAUCCAUGGGACUACAGGAGGCAAGCAAAUCUCAGGUUUGGUUCUAAUGUUACUAUUACAUUACAGAUAAACUAUCAUGCAGUUAAUGUCUUUGUCAUGAAUUACAGAUGGUCUUUAGAAUACAGAACAAUUUAAGGACCCGGCUUGUGUGCUUGUCAUGUAGUAAUAGGCAUCUGAAUGGGAGUCACAAACUCAAAUGCCAGCUGAUUGACACUGCAAAUCACCUCAGACCUUUUGGCCGCAGUUCGAAACAGACCUCCGACGGACAUUAAGAGUUCAAUUCCCUUCCCCAUUUAGGUUUACUCUGUCAAUGUACCAGUUUCUACCACCAUCUGAUAUAAAGACUCUGAAAUACUAUUUGGCACAUAGGCACAAAGAAAACCUACACACAGUCAGGACUUGUUAGUAUCCUCACACCCACAAGGCCAGCACCCUGGAUGACUCCAGACAAGGGUAGGCCAUCUUCUAUCCAGUUGUACUAAAAUGAGCUACUAGUUUUCAUUUAGACAAAGCCUGCACAUUUGCCUGCUGCCCAAACAUAUACCAGACCCUUUAUUCCUUUCCUUGUGGGUGGUGACACAAGAGACCCCAUCUUUGUUCGGGUUCAGACUGGCAUAGUCGCUUGGGGCUAGGCCCAGCUACAAAACAAUCCUGUGUAGAUUUCUUUCAAAGCUUGGAUUUAAAGAGGUGUUAUUAUGCUUUUUGGCUUUUUCCCUCUCCUUUAUUGAGUUAUAUAUCUCUUUUGUGCAUGUAACAGGUUUGCAAAGUGAGUUCAAAGGGAGUUCCCAUCUCCCACAGAAAACACUG